AUGACCGAAGCCACCACCAGACUCCAUAUCACCCCUCUCACUCCCGAUAUUCUUCCCGCUGUGCUACCGCCCUCACUCCGCCAGUCCGCCGCCGAUAUCUCCUACCACGCCAUUCCCACAUUCCCCGAAAACAGCUACGGCUACGUUACCCUGCCGACCAUGGACGCCGAAAAGAUCAAGAAGAAGCUCAAUGGCUCCAUCCUCAAGGGCAAGAAAUUCAAGGUGGAGGUGGCCCGCCCGUCCAAGCGGGAACGAGACGCCGAGGAUGCCAAUGCCGUGGUCGAAGUUCCUGCGGAGAAGACGAAGAAGUCCAAGAAGCGCAAAUCGGAUGAUCAAGAAGACAGCGUGCUAGAUGGCUAUGAGCUGCCUUCGAAUCGCAAGGUCAAGCGAGGAUGGACGGAGCCGUCCGGUGCGCAGAAGGACCGCCGACGGAACGAGAAGAGCAAGAGCAAGGGUGACAAGAAAGAAAAACCCCGGACCAAGUCCAAGUAUACGGAGAAGGAGGAGUGCUUGUUCCAAACCAAAGUCCCACCCAAUCGUGCGGGAAAUGCUGCCGAUGACAAAAAGGCCAAGAAAAAUAAAAAAUUAUCAGAGAAUAUUGUUCACGAGUUCGCCAAGACGACCACCUAUCCCAGCUUCCUCCGCACCUCAGGAGAGGGGGCGGCGCCGACGGUUGAAUUCGAGGAAGGGAAGGGCUGGGUGGACGCUUCGGGCAACGUGAAGGAGGCUGCCAGCGACAAGGCCCGAAAGGAUGACUACCACCCGGGGCAAGUUGCGGGAGCCAAGCUCAAGAAACCAGCUGUCAAGAAUUCAGCUGUCAAGGAGACGGUGCCAGAAUCGUCGAAUGAGCCGGAAGACUGGACAUCAUCCAGUGGCUCAUCGUCCGAGGAGAGCUCCGACUCUGAGAGCGAAGCCAGUAGUUCGUCCGACGAUGCAUCUGAUUCUUCCAUGGAAGAAGAGGACGCAAGCCGGAAGGCGCCGAAAGAGACCGCAAAGUCGACCCCUCCCCCUAAGCCUUCUUCUGACGAUUCAAAGUCGGAGUCAGGCUCAGACUCGGAUUCAGAAGUGGCUGAUCAGCCCGCUGAAGAUGCCGAAGAGCCCUCUGCCCAAGAGGUCCAUCCUUUGGAAGCACUUUUUAAACGGCCUCUCCCCAUAGAAGCCGAGGAAAAGCCUGCACCCGCCGCCACCGCUGGAUUCAGUUUCUUCGGAAACGACGAUCUCGAGUCUGAGGAUGAGCCGCACUCCGCCGAGCCUCAGACCCCCUUCACACCUUUCGCCAAGCAGGACCUCCAGAUCCGCGGUUUGCGGAGCGCCGCACCCACACCCGAUACCGCCAUGAUAAACCGCCGCAUGAACUGGACCGAGGCAGACGAGAUGGAAGAGGACGAGCUUUCUAUUGAUACCCCGGUGUCGAAAUCGCACGAGAAGGCUGUGCCGGCAGAGGAGACGGAUUUCGCAAAAUGGUUUUGGGAGCACCGUGGUGAAAACAACCGUGCUUGGAAAAAGCGGCGGCGCGAUGCGGCUAAGGAGCAGAGGCAGAGAGAGAACCGGAAGAAAGGCAUGAAGGGCAAGUCUUAG